UUCUUGGGUUUUUUUUCUCGUGCACGCGAGAUUAGGGACAGAUAGCCGGUAAGAGAGAGAGAGCGAGCGCGAGGACACUGAGUGAGCGAGCUCAUCCUCGGCCGUUGGUCCACCGAGUCGUCGAAGAUCUGUGAUGGAGAAGAUGUCUGUGAUGACUCCGUACCGAGAAACCAGGAGCUAACGGCUGUUUUAAAUCUCGACCGUUGGAUGUUAAGUUCAAAACUUUUCCUCCGGACGGUUGUUGGUGCGCUGCGGGGAUAAAAAAAAAAACCCACCGGGAGGGACAGCAGGUGUCCUCUCUCGUCAACCAACCUUUCUCCCCUCUCCAUCCAACCCCCCUUCCGCUAGACUGAGGUGCGACCGGGGCUUUUCUUUUAGCUGUAUUAGUUGCUGGACUUUUCUGAGCCAUGUUGUGGACAAGGUGGCUCGUCCUGCUGCUCUGCUGGGGGGCCACAGCCGGCGAGCAGCAGGCGGAUGAGAGGGAAGGAUUCCGGGCUGAGAUCCGGGCGGACUCCCGCAGACAGCGGUCCCCUCCGCCGGUGGAGCCGUUGGAUUUUGGUUUUGUACCGUCGGCGGUUUAUGAUACCCACGCUUACUACGAGCCAGGAGCCGUGGGCAUCCUCUUCCACAUGGUCCACGCGUUUCUCUAUGUCGUUCAACCGAACCCCUUUCCCAAAGAUCUGAUUGUUAGAGUCAUUCAGCAAAACAUGGGGGGAAUCAAAAUAGAAGAAUGGAGAAAGCCAGAAAACGUCGUCCUUUUGCUACAGUGGAUCCACUACGAAGCUGGAUUCCUCGUAUGCGGGACCGUCGGUGUCGUGUUCGUGAUCCUCGUCCCCAUCAUAGGCAUUUUAUUCUGUGUGUGUCGAUGCUGUGAGAACUGCGGAGGGGAGAUGCACCAGAGACAGAGGAAGAACGCCGACUGCCAACGAGGGUUCUACACCGCCUCACUUGUCGCCACCACCAUCUUCAUCAUUUUGGGAGUACUCAUUUCUUACGCUGCGAACCAUAAUAUCAGCGCCCAGAUCAAGAGCACCCGUCGGUUCAUCAAUACCAAUAUGAGAGACUUGAAGACAUUCGCUAACAACACACCUGCGCAAAUCGACUACUUGACAGCUCAGUACACAACAGCAAAGAACAAAGUCCUGUCAGACCUCGACAACAUUGGACCUUUACUGGGUGGGAGGAUUCACAGUCAGCUGGAGAAAGAGGUGGUUCCCUCACUGGACACUGCCCUGCGUAUGGCAGGAGCUAUGCGGGAGACUAAGGAGGCCCUGGAGAACGUCAGCUCCUCUCUGGAGGUGCUACAAGAGGGGACAGGGAAACUUCAGACCAGUCUGUCUGUAGAGCGCGCCUCUCUGUCCAACACCCUGUCCGACCCCGCCUGCACCAACGGAGCCGUGUCUCACACCUGCAACACCAUCCGUUCCACGCUGUCCCAGCUGGGAAUCAACGCCGACUUCUCCAGGCUUCCAGACGUCAGUCACUCCUUGGGUAAUGUCGACACCAUCCUGAAAACAGACCUCAGCAACAUUGUACAAAAGGGUUACUCAUCCUUUAAUGAUACACCGAGACUGGUUAAAGACCAAACCAAAAAUAUUGUCUCAGCUCUACCUCGAGUGAAAGGCAUGCUGGAUAAGAUCGGCGCAGAGAUCACUGGCUUCUCUAAGAUGUUCCCAGUGGAAGCAUCUCUGGCCAAUUUCACCAUUUUCCUCACCGAGGGACAGAAGAACAUUGAGUCCUUUUACCCACAGAUCGACCAAAUGGAUUUCUACAGGUGGAUCGGCUGUGUGGCAGCGCUCUGCAUGAUCGUCCUGAUCCUGGCCUUCAACAUCCUGGGUCUGCUGUGUGGCAGCUGUGGCUACGACAAGCAGGCCACACCCACAACCCGUGGCUGCCUGUCAAACACCGGAGGAAACUUGCUCAUGGCCGGGGUGGGCUUCACCUUCAUCUUCGUCUGGUUGCUGAUGGCCAUCGUGACCGCCUUGUUUGUUGUUGGUGGCAACGUGGAGAAGAUGAUGUGUGAACCGCUGGCUAACCGACAGCUAUUCAAGAUCAUAGACACACCAUACCUGGUCCAUCCCGCCAAGAAGAACUUCCUUCCUGGGAUGCUGUUUCAGAAUCCGAACAUUGACUUGACUUUGGGAAGCAUGUACAGGGAGUGCUAUGAGAACAACGGUCUGUAUCACGCUCUGCAGCUGGAAACCAUGUUCAACAUCAACUCCUUCCUCAACAGAACUGUGUACAACAAGGAUCUGGCCAAAGUGUUUGAGAGUGUGCAGGUGGACCUGCAGGACAUCACACUGCUGGAGCAGGCCGGCAGAGACAACCUCAUCAACUUUGCCAACUCUGGAAUCGGACAGAUCGACUAUGCAGCUUUCCUGGCUGAGGUAAAUAAGGGAGUCACACUUGUGGAUCUUCUGUCCUUCUCCACUGACCUGGAGGCUCAGGCCGACCAGCUGCCUCGUGGUGCUCUGGAGAACGCACUGAAAGGACACGCCAGCAGUAUCAGACAGAUUCAUAGAGAUCAGGUGGUUCCCAUGGAGCAAGCAAUGAGCACGCUGAGCCAGAGCAUCAAACAGCUGCAGAGAACCUCCAGCGACCUGCCGGUCAAGGUCACGAAUAUCCUGAGUGCCAUCGAUGCAGCAGAGUACCUCAUCACUCAUAAUGCCUCCCAUGUGGUGAAGCAGGAAACAAAAAACUACGUACAAAGUUUGGUGGGAUACUUCAAACAGUACACAGCAUGGGUUAAAAACUCUUUGACUGCAGAGGUGGCCCAGUGUAAACCCAUCAGUAACAUUGUGGACAGCAUGGAGAUCGUAGCGUGCAGCUUCAUAGUCGAUUCAGUGAACACAUUCUGGUUUGGUCUGGGUGGCUGCUGUGUCCUUCUGAUCCCCAGUAUCAUCUUCUCCACCAAACUGGCCAAAUAUUACAGACGGAUGGACACAGAGGACGUCUUUGAAGACUCCUCUUACCCGUGGCUCGUUGCACUUUGAUAUCUGUCUGUUUAUUCACGCUUCAUUUCUCCCUCUUCUACAUGCCCACUUCUAUUCUGGUAUGGGAUACUUCGACUUUGGAUCUCUUCACUCUUUUUUCACUUUUUUUCAUCAGAAAUCACAAGCAAAGCAUGGUCUCUCCUCUCUUUGCAUGCACGGAUCCUCUCUUCAUCAUCUUCUUUCACGUCACUCCUCUUGGGCGUCUUUCUUUUAUGUCGUGAGCGACGACACUCUCAGAGCGAGAGAUCACUCCAUCCUUGUUGCUUUCAGCAUUCUCUUUCUUACCUGUCCACCCUCGCUUUUGUGUUGCAGUAUGGGUAAUACAGGUAACCAUGGUGAACAAGUGUGCGAUAUCCAUGGAAACCUCGCGGUGGUCAGGUACGAGUAGUGCCCACCGACUCUGCAUACGUGCAUGCUGCGGUGUUAAUUGGUGGAGGGAUAUUUUUAUCUUAGAGUGAGAGUUUGCUGGAUUCAUCCACAGAUGUUAAAUGUAUAAAGAAUCCCCCAUGUGUGUGUGUGUGUGUGUGUGUGUGUGUGUGUGUGUGUGUGUGUGUGUGUGUGUGUGUGUGUCUGUGUGU